UCAAGUACAUACGACCAUAGGGUGUGGAGAACAGGGCUUCCCGUCCGCUCAGCCGUACUUAAGCCACACGCCGGGAGGUUAGUAGUUGGGUGGGUGACCACCAGCGAAUCCCUUCUGUUGUAUGUUUUUCUUUUGGUACAUCUUAUAUCAUCUAUUUUUAUUUUUGCUUUUUGGUAUCUGAGUUAUGAGAAUCUUCUUGGCCCUUGGGUCAGUGUUUGUUUUGGUGGUGGAGGUGCACCGUUAUGGGAAAACAGGACGGUAAAUCUGCCAAGAACCUAG